AUGGAAAAACAGUUGCCUAAUGCAGUGAUCCCCAAGGUAAAGAUGACCGUUGUUACAUUUUGAAAUCGUUGUUACAAGUAUAAAAUACCUGGCCAUUGAAACACGUCCAUUUCGUGACAACGUAGGUGCAUGUUUUGUAGGUAUUCCCAGGUUAGGGAAAAACUUUGGAUCUGUGUCAGGCAUGAAAUAAUUUUAUUUUAUGCUUUUGCUAAGUACUGCAACAUUGCUAUUAUAUUACCAUUAGAAUAACAGUGAUGUUUUGAUUGGCCUAGUAUUCUAUAAUUGCGAUAAUUAUAAUUAUCAUUCACUUUAUAGUGUUCUCAAUUUUGAUUGGUUAAUUUACCUGCAAAUAACUGCGUGCAAAUAAUAGUCUGAGCAUGCGCAUUUGUUAAAAACGUUGCUCAGCUACAAAUAAUAGUCUGAGCAUGCGCAUUGCCUUCAAUUUUUGUAAACAAUGGCGGCUCGCUUUGCUGAACUUUCGGAAAAUGCGUUGUCUUGCUUAUUUAAAAAUAAAAAAGCAACUAAAACCGCCGUAAAUGUCUUUCGCCAGCAUUUAGAAGCAAGACUAAAUCAACAAAGAAGAUUUAGUUGGCUUAAAACUACAAAAGAAACUCUUGCAUGCCAACGUCCUUCCAAGUUUAAUGCAGAAGCAAGAAAGAGAGACGGCGAAUUUAUAUUGAACGAAAGAUAAAAUGAAGUGAAUGAUAAAACAAUUAUUGAACUCGGUUCUCGCAAAAUAUCGUGAUUUGUCGGUGGCUCGCAGAUCAAUUAUUUGCCUCUGCCUUCGGCAUCGGCAAAUAAUUGAUCUGCUCGCCACCGACAAAUCACGAUAUUUUGCUCAACCUCGUCCAAUAAUUGAUAAUUAUUUAAGUAAUAGGGAGAAAAGAGCACUGACAAAUUGUUAAUAGAUUUAUGCUAAAGGUUUUAGUAUCUCUGCGCCCUGAGCUGUGAUCUAACCAAGAUACCAUUUUACAAUUGAUACAAUUUUAAUUGUUUAAUUUUUUUUAUUGUUUCGUUAAAGGAAAACCGAUUCACAAAGUGUGAUCAAUGCACUCAUUACAAAGAAAUGCUAGAAGUUACGACACAUAAGAAAGAAAGCAAGAAGAUUGAUAUAUGAAAUACUAUAUAUAUAUAUAUAUAUAUAUAUAUAUAUAUAUAUAUAUAUAUAUAUAUAUAUAUAUAUAUAUAUAUAUAUAUCUUAAGAUUUUGGUUUAACGAAACACAAACAGCGCUCAAUACCAUAUAGAUAGAGCAUAAUAUAGUUUUUCGUUUUACCUCAAAAAACCACAACAGUCUGUUUCAUCCGUAUAGGAAUCGUCAGGUGGUGAGAAAUUUCGAAAUUCGAAAUAUAUCAUCAAAAUUACAAAAUAAAUGUUAUUAUAUGUUGAACAUUGGUGUGUAGACAUACAGUCAUACCUGUAUUAAGCAGCCAUGUAUUGAGAGACUACUUUAUUAAGCGGCCUAUCACUGAAGUUCUGACUAUUCACACAGUUAUCUCCUGUAAAAACUACUAUUAAUCAGCCACACGUAUUAAGCGACCUUGGGCACUUCGCGUCGUCUUAUUGAACGCUUAAGCUGCAUUAGAUGACCAGAGUGGAUUAACAUGGUCUUUGUUCAUAUUUCACUUAGUGUUAUCAUUAUGAUUAUGGCAUAGUGUUUCUAAUUAAAUGAGUGUACCCUGGAAAAAUUUAGAAAAUCCAUAUAAGGUCUUAGAAUGGAAAUUGUAUGGAACUUUAUUGGAAAUAGAAAUGGAUUUUGAUGAUCGAUAAUAAUUGUAUAUUUCCAAUUUUCCAUACUCGGAUAUAUAGACAAUCGAAAUAGUAUGGAUACAAAAUAAUUUAAAAUUUCGUCACUACCCGUGCGUAAGGAGUGUUCUGGGUACGAAAAUGCUAUUGUAUUGGUAUGAUGACCGCUUCACAGUUGCUGUUUUAUAGGUGUUUGUCAAACAGGGAAAAUUGCAUAAUUAAUAAUGAAAAAUGUUUUUAAAAAUAGGAACGAAAGAGAGAAAUACCAUCUGCAUCGCUACAAAGCAAGGAAACACCCCGAGAAGUACCUAACCAUAAUCUUAGAUGGUAUGGAUCAGUCUAAGACUGAUAUUCCCAAUGUUCGUCGCAUAUGCAAAUCAACAGCCAACCUUCAAAAGCUUCGUACACAUUUGACCGGAGCGAUAGUACACAGUGGGCUGUGUCCGAUGGGGAAAUUCUACCUUUUUUUUUUUUUACGUGUUUCAGUGGGACCAUGAUGACAGCAACUUGACCAACAAUAUUAUCCUACAAACGCUGGAAAUCGUUAACCGUCGGUAUGGUUUGCCACCAGUUUUUCACCUUCAAUUGGACAAUUGCUGGCGAGAGAAUAAAAACAGACAUGUUUUUACGUUGUUGUCUCUUUUGGUUGAGUUAUCAAUUUUUGAUAAGGUACAGUUAUUGCUUCAAGUUUUGUUUCUUAAUUCAAUAUUAAGAGCUAAAAUUCGUGCGCCUUUUUUACUUUGGCUACUGUAUAUCAUCAAGGAAUUCAUGGGUCUUGUUUCCAUCAAGCAUGGUUUCGUUUAAAAAAACUUGGCAGAUCUAGCAUAAUUAAUGAAAAUAUUUUAUAUCAGCUAAAGAUAAGAAAGUGAUUUGCAAAAAAAUAAUAUAUGUCCUCGUAUCAUUUUUAGAUAGCAAUUUAAUAUUUUCAAGAAACCUACCUAGGAGCUUUAUCUACGAGAAUAUAAGGCAGUUAAUUUUCAAAAACAAUUGAAUGAUCUUAUAUAUUAAUGAUAAUUUUUAUUGAUGUAUCUUUUAAAAUAGGUUAAAGGUAACUUCCUUCCAGUUGGCCAUACGCACGAAGAUAUCGACGCGUUAUUUGGAAUAUUUUCAAAGAAACUUCAGAUCCAGGAUAUAUAUACAUUUGAUGGUAAGUUUUGCUUUAAUGUAACUACAAUCAUACAGUAACUGACAUUGUAUGAGCUAUAGGACCAUACGUCAAAACAUCGCAAGAGCCGUUAUUCGAUUACUUUUUAGAUCUGUGUCAGUCAUUUGAAGGGUGCACAAACAAACCACACCCCGAGGCACAUAGACCAGAAUGGAUGUAUGGCAUCAAAGAGUGGCUACAACCUCACAGCAACGACCUACAUCAGCAUGUGCAGCCACAUUAUUUUAAGUUUGUGAGGAACCACGAAGGAAAAGCGGUAAUAUUCUACCGAAAAUGGAGUGGAGAAGCUUGGAUGGGUCCA